AUGGUUGGUCCAACGAUUCAAAACGACGUUUUCGCUCACAUGAUUCGGUUUAGAGCAUACAAAUUCGUUUUAACUGGAGAUUUAGAAAAAAUGUAUCGCCAAUUUAGAAUUCGGAAAGAAGAUAGGAAGUUUCAAAGAAUAUUUUGGAGACGUGAUAUUAAAAACAUUGAAAUCUUUGAAUUAAAUACCGUCACAUUCAGAAUAAGUUCUUCUUCCUUUCUCGCCACACGUGCAUUACAACAAUUGGCCGACGAUGAAAUUGACCGUUAUCCCGAAGCCGCUAAAACGUUAAAGGAAGAGGUUUAUGUUGACGAUUUUAUCACUGGGGCCGAUACAAUAGAAAAGGGAAUUGAAAAGCGAGAAGAAAUAAUAAAUCUUUUAAAAUUAGGCGGGCUAAAUAUUAGACAAUGGGCUUCCAACGAUCCACAGUUGCUAGAAGGGAUACCAAACAAUAAAAUUAAUUUAAAUCUUCAAUUUAACGAAAACAAAACAGUAAAAACGCUUGGUGUUUCAUGGAACUCGUGUAAUGACAAUAUUAUUUAUUCAGUCGAACCACCUAAUACUCUUUCUAAAAUCAGUAAGCGGAUUAUUCUUUCCGACAUUUCAAAGCUAUUCGAUCCAUUAGGUUUACUAGGCCCGAUAAUUCUAUUUGCAAAAAUUCUAAUGCAACAAAUUUGGCAAUCAAAAUUGAACUGGGACGAAUCGGUACCGGAUACUAUUCCCACAACAUGCAUAGAUUUUUGCGAACAAUUGAAGCUCAUAAAUGAUUUGACCUUUAGACGACGCUUUCUCAUUGAAAAUCCAGUCAAUGUCCAAAUUCAUGGAUUCUGUGACGCAAGUCAAAAAGGCUACGGGGCAUGCAUUUACGUACGAUCUAUAGACAGUAGAGAAAAAAUUGAGUGUCACCUACUUUGCGCAAAAUCUCGGGUUGCACCGUUAAAAACGAUUACACUUCCUUGUCUGGAGCUCUGUUCAGCAGUACUCCUAAGCAAUUUGUUCUUAUCGGUAUAUAAAUCCCUAAAUAUGCCUGUCCACGAGAUUACAUUUUGGACUGACUCCUCUAUCGCGCUUUCGUGGAUUAAUACAUCCCCGCAUCAGCUCAAAACCUUUGUCGCCAAUCGAGUUUCCGAUAUUCAAAAGAAAACGAACGGUCACAAUUGGAAACACGUCAAAUCAUCAGACAAUCCAGCUGAUAGUUUGUCACGUGGUCAAAAACCCGCAGAAUUUAUAAUGAAUAAAAUUUGGAAAGAAGGUCCUCACUGGCUAAAACAAACGGAAAACACUUGGCCAGUAUCCGCGUUCGAAAUAAUAAAAGAUUCAUCUAAAAAAAAGGGCCGUUCUUUCGUCAAUCGCGUUAGACACUGA